UCUCGGCCAGAUGCGGACUUUAAAGUUGGAGCAGUACUCGGGCUGCUACUGAUGACGUUUCACGAGUCCACGAGAACGCGUAUUGAGAAAGGACCUCUGUGUCCGCUGGUGAGCGCGUGCUCAGAGUGAAACCAAAAGUGAGUGUCCCUUCGGAUAUAGCGCUCGUCAUUUGUUACGUUUACAGUCGUAGGACACGCUUUGACCUCACUUUGCUCCGACCUACACGUGUGUUGCGCGUCAUUGGAUUGGAAAAUAUCUUUACCGGACAGGACAGCUGUACGCUUCGGCUGCAUUGUCAAAUAAACGUCCAAAAACCAGGGUCUAUCGCAGGCUUGUAGGGGAAAGCUAAAGCCAUGGGUUCGUCUCAGAGCUCGGAUUCAGCCUCUGGAAACAAUGAGUCUUCUGCGGCAGGACCGUCCACCUCGCUCCCACAGGCACUUGGUGCCCUGCGCGCAGUGCGUGAUGUGAGUGUGCAGAGCGCCGGCGCUGAUGACAGUGAGUCUCAGUGGAAAGAGAGAUGUCGAAGAGAGGGAUAUCGCCCCCGUGAUCCUUCCAAGAUGAACAAAGACUGGAGGUUGUUUUACUUCAUGUGCAAGAAGAGAAGAAAUCUUCUAAAGAAUCCCAGAGCACAACAUGGAAUGACGGACUGGAAGAUACUGGAGAAUGGAGGUGAUGGAUGGCGUGUUGAGGGACUCAGGACGCCACAUCCAAAUGAGACAGUCCAGCAAAACUUUAUGACCUCUUUCGGGAUGUGCAGGAAGUCCCAGCUGAUUGAUUUGGAGGCGGAAGGUUACAACCCAUCGUUCAUGGAUCGAUUUCAGCCAGAAAUCAGAAUUUCUGAUUGGUAUUCCCCACGAAGUGACUGUGACAGUGAAUAUGAGCUCCGUGUAAAAUUAUUGAAUCAUAAAGAAGAAUCUGUCCAGACGUUUGCUCCUGAUAAAAUUUACUUUGGGCCGUGGAACGAGUGGACUGAGAAAUGGAAUCAGAUCACCCAUGUAUUCCAGGACUACGGGCCAGGAGUGAGGUACAUAGAUUUCAUCCAUGGAGGCAAGGACAUGAAGUUCUGGAAGGGAUGGUAUGGAAUUCGUGUCACUGACAGCUGUGUUGAGAUAAAUCCAGCGAUCGGUUCAUAGAUCUUGGAUACUCGCAGAACUCCUGCUUCCUGCCACUUCAUAACAAUUUCAUAAUUGCACCUGGUUUACUGUAAUCUGCAGUCAUUUUACAUGUUGAAGGAGAGUUUUUUUGUCCUCUGUGUAAGAGGCUCUGACUCCUGUAUGUGCAGCGGUUUCGGAGCAGUUGUUUCCUGGUUUUGAGCUUAUAGGUUCACACAACUCACGACGUCCAAGGUAAGAUGACAAUGACUUAAAGAAUAUAUUUUAAGAACAGCAUGAGGUGGUGUGUGUUUACUCUGUGGCGUUUUUUCUAAAUGUUGGUAAAGCAUUCGUGCAGCAGGGACUGAAGGAUCUGAGGGACUCAGCAGACCUGCAGCUCUCUGGGACUUUGCUCCUCAAACGUGGAGCAGAUGAACUGAACGCUGCUUCGGUUUAGUUGUGACUCUGUGAACAAGAAGGAGAACAACUAAACAAUCAGGGACAAAGAAGUCAGUCUGAACCAAACACAACUUUCUUAUUGAACUUGGGAGAAAAGUGAUAACAGAGACGUGCUCAGUAGACUGAGGGACACUGUUCCUGGACCUCUGUGGAAAACGUCACAGGUUAAGGAGAGAUGGUCAGGAGAAUUCAUGAGGGCUAAAGAAAAGCCGUUUAUUUAAAUAUGAAUGAAAGGAGUUGUGGGACGGAAUGAUCUCCUUUCAGUCCAUAGUUUACGGUGCCCCACCCGUGUCUGCAGGGGCCACUAGAGGGCGCCCACGUGAACAGGGUGCCCCACCCGUGUCUGCAGGGGCCACUAGAGGGCGCCCACGUGAACAGGGUGCCCCACCCAUGUCUGCAGGGGCCACUAGAGGGCGCCCAAGUGACACCCGACCUAGUGAUCCGUCAGGUGGAAUCACAAACACAAACCAGGGGGAAAACGUUAAUUAAUAAAUAUAAAUCAUAAUGAUCCGGGGCCAGUAGGAGUGUUUGAAUACAAGCAGAGGCAUUUCAUUCAUCCAUGCACACAUAAAUACUCAUUGAUUGGUUUACUGUUUAGGCAACAUAGAUAAUAAUAUAGUUAAUAAUGUGGUUUAAUCAAAGUGGUUUGUGGUCAUAGAAUCGUUGCUGUUUGCUCUGAUGAUGGUUUUCCACUUUGAGCUGUUUCUUGAGUGAACAAAGCAGUUUAAGGAGACGUAAAGUGUUCACAUCUCCACCACCACGUGGCGCAAUGCGUCCAUUUACCAAACGUUUUAUCUAUCUUGGGUUAUUGCAGAUACAUUUUAUGCUGUUCAUAUCAUGUGCUGUUUAGGGUUCAUCAGCAACCGUAUACACAGAAGAAUAAAAACGUUCGAUUAAUUAAGAUUGGUGUAUUUUUCACACUUUCCUGGUUGGACUGAAGAGGUCGAAGGGCAAAGAUAAGAAGAUAUAAUGUUGGUCAAAUGUUAUUGUUUGAUUUGUUUUAUUGUCGUCAGAUAUGUUACAAUUUUGAAAAUCAUAUUUAAGUUUUCAUUGAUUGUGUCUGUUCACUAAGCAGCUGUGAAGCAUCAGCACACACUCCUCAGAAACAUCUGGAGAUGGAAUCUAAAGGCUCCAAGUUAAAGCUGUCCCCCAACUCACUAUAUGUCUCCUGUGAGAUGUUAGCUGAUAAGAAACCUUCCCUCAUGUUUCAUCUACAUGAAGGUGUCGAGGUCCCACAGAAGCAGGAUGAACGCUUUGCAGGACGAGUCACACGUUUAACGUUUAAUUCAGGAGCUCUAUUCAGAUAAAUAAACCCUUUUCUUUAUGUCAAUAAACUGAUUUGUUGGGUCUCUUUGCAGCUGUGAAGGAUCGACCUGAACCUGAGACAACCAGUGACACCAGUCUGAGAGGAAGGAUCGGCCUUCACUAAACUUGGACUUUGAUUUUUCUCUGGAAACUGGAAUAUAACCUUCUCUGAUUGGAAGUCAACCAAGUUUUCUCUGAGCCUUUUUGGUUCUCUGAAGAGUUUCUCCAUAGAGGCUAAAUCGUCGGCUAAGGGGCCCACACGGAGGACUCCUGCAGGUGAGGUCAUCCGUACACCUUCACUCGCUCCGUGCUCAGGACCUCGGCUCUGGGCCCGGAAAGGUCUGUGUUGCUCGGAGGAGUUCCUGGGGUCGAAAUUGUCCAAGGUCUGAGGCUGAGAUGGGAUAAUAAAUUAGAAGGUAAAAUACUCUCCGGUAUUUACUUUCUUAGUUGGGUCAUUUUUGCAUAUUCCCAGGUUUGGACAUCCUGGUUCAAUAGCUCGCAAAGGAACGUUGUUAAAGCACAAACGACACCUCUCUGUAACCGUGAUAUCGACAGCUAAACCCAUAAUUAACGUAAUUUUUCAAAAGCGCAGUACUUGUUGAGAGAUCUGAAUGAACUGCAGAAUGUUUUAUUAAGAGGAUUAGUCAAUAGCUUAACUGUUAGAGAGUGUUGCAUAACCAAAAUCAUGUAUUGCAAACAAUAUUCAAUAACUUAACGUCUAUGGAUUGCUAGACUGCUAAUGGAAAUGCAUAAUGUACCAUGAACACUAUUAACAAUGUUUAUUUACACUAGAAGUGUAUUAUAAACACACACUUGUUAUUAAAGAGUGUGUGUGUGUGUGUGUGUGUAAAUUACGAUGCUGAGACUUAUGUAAACAGUUAGCAGCAGCGAGCCUUAGUUCAAUCAGAGAGGCACUUUGUGUGAGAGGGGUGUCAAACAAGUCGUUUGUUUACCUCAGAAGUUUGAUUAAUGUACAAAAUGGAGGCCGUCCCACGUUGUACAUAACAACAUAUUUUCUAUUAAAUCCGUUUUGGUGUAAUUUAUUCGUCUCUGGAGUUUCUUCAAAUCUACCCAAAGAAUUUUUGAACAGGUGGCAGUUGCUUUUGAGUAAUUAUUGAUAAUCAUUUUGGACAUUUAUUGCAAAUAAUAUAUAUAAUAAGACCAUUUUUAGCUAUACAU